GAUGUCAUUUGUCAUUUCACACGUGCGUGUAAACGAGAUUUCGUGUUUUGUGCGGCUCUAACCUAUAGAAUAUCGUAAAAAUGGUUAAAGUAAAAGCAAAAAGUUCUAAAAAGAAAGAAAUAAAGACUCAACCGACAAAAAUGGAAGUAGAAACUGUUGUGUUACCUCCAGUGCGUAUGUCGGAUGAUCCUACUCCGAAACAGGUAAAAUGGAUCAACAGGCAGAGAGUACUGGUAUUCGCGGCUCGUGGUAUUAACCACCGGCACCGUUAUCUCAUGGAGGACAUUAAGAAACUAAUGCCUCACCACAAGACUGAGUCCAAAAUGGAAAGGAGCAAGAACUUGUACGUGGUGAACGAGAUCAGCGAAAUGAAGAACUGUAAUAAAUGCAUCCUGUUUGAAGGCAGAAAGAUGAGGGAUCUGUAUUUGUGGAUGGCUAACAUUCCCAAUGGUCCAAGCGUAAAGUUUUUAGUAGAAAACAUUUACACAAUGGGUGAGCUCAAAAUGACAGGAAACUGUUUAAGAGGAUCCAGACCGCUUCUUUCUUUCGAUCCGCAAUUCACCAAGGACCCACACUAUGCCUUGCUGAAGGAACUACUAAUCCAGAUAUUUGGGGUGCCCAACCACCAUCCUAAAAGUCAACCAUUCUUUGAUCAUGUUUAUACCUUCAUGGUGCUUGACAACAGAAUUUGGUUCAGAAAUUACCAGAUUUUAUCUGAAGAUGGUGCAUUGGCUGAAAUUGGACCUAGAUUUGUGUUGAACCCUGUAAAGAUAUUCUCUGGCUCAUUCGGUGGGGUGACCAUCUGGGAAAACCCAAAGUAUGUAAGCCCAGCUAAACUGCGGCAAGCUUUCUCCAAGAAAGCUGGUGAUAAAUACGAGAGACGGAUUGAAAAGAAAGCGGUGUACGAGGCUACGAAGCCUGAGACAGGGUAUCCGGAUAUUGAAGAUGCUGACUUCUUCAAGGGGGAUGCAGUGGAGAAGGCUGAAGAAGUAGUUGUGAAAGAAAUAAAGGAAGAGGUGGACAGUGAUGAAGAAGUUCAGGUUAGACCUGCCGUCAAGAAAUCUAAGAGCAAACCGGACAUGGCCAUCAGACGGAAACAACUCAAAGCCAAAAGCAAGCUCAUCUCCGACCAGAUAAAGAAGAGGAAACAGUUCAAAAAGAAAAAGCCAAAUAAAAAAUAAAUACGUACUUAAUCAAAUUUUGUAUUCCAUAAAUCAGGUUAUAAUCAAUGCGGCCAAAUCCGUCUGCGGAAAAUUCCGUAAACGAGCUUAUUUUUCGAUCCUAGAAAAUAGGGCCCAUCUGCUUCUUAUUGCUGAAAUUAAAUCGCAGCUUUGUCAAUGAAGUUAACAAUCGUGGACUAUUGUUUCAAAAACAAGCGCUCGUGUACGGAAUUCCCUCAGACGGAUUUGGAAGCUAUAAGGAUACCUUGUCAUAAAUAAAUAUUUCCACACAAAA